UCGCGUCCUCCGAGCUCCCGAGCGAGCGGCGGCCCCGGGUGUCGCCGGCCGAGCACGGCUCCGGCUCCGCGGGCGCCGCGUCCUUUUUCGCCGCCUGCGGGAUUCGCGGACCGCGGUACAUGCAUGUCCACUGGGGGCAGGUUUAAUUUCGACGAUGGAGGGUCGUACUGCGGAGGCUGGGAGGACGGCAAGGCGCACGGCCAUGGCGUCUGCACCGGCCCCAAGGGCCAAGGCGAAUACACCGGCUCGUGGAGCCACGGCUUCGAGGUGCUGGGCGUCUACACCUGGCCGAGCGGCAACACGUACCAGGGCACCUGGGCGCAGGGCAAGCGCCACGGCAUCGGCCUGGAGAGCAAGGGGAAGUGGGUGUACAAGGGCGAGUGGACACACGGAUUCAAGGGGCGCUACGGGGUGCGGGAGUGCACGGGCAACGGGGCCAAGUACGAAGGCACCUGGAGCAACGGGCUGCAGGACGGAUAUGGCACGGAGACCUACUCGGACGGAGGGACGUACCAGGGCCAGUGGGUCGGCGGCAUGCGCCAGGGCUAUGGCGUGCGGCAGAGUGUGCCCUACGGCAUGGCAGCGGUCAUCCGCUCGCCCCUGAGGACGUCCAUCAACUCCCUGCGCAGCGAGCACACCAACGGCUCGGCACUGCACCCGGACGCCUCCCCGGCGGGGGCCGGCAGCCCGGCCGUGUCUCGGGGCGGCUUCGUGCUGGUGGCACACAGCGACUCGGAGAUCCUCAAGAGCAAGAAGAAGGGGCUCUUCCGGCGCUCGCUGCUCAGCGGGCUGAAGCUGCGCAAGUCAGAGUCCAAGAGCAGCCUGGCCAGCCAGCGCAGCAAGCAGAGCUCGUUCCGCAGCGAGGCCGGCAUGAGCACCAUCAGCUCCACGGCCAGCGACAUCCACUCCACCAUCAGCCUGGGCGAGGCCGAGGCCGAGCUGGCUGUCAUCGAGGACGACAUCGACGCCACCACCACCGAGACCUACGUGGGCGAGUGGAAGAACGACAAGCGCUCGGGCUUCGGCGUGAGCCAGCGCUCCGACGGGCUCAAGUACGAGGGCGAGUGGGCUUGCAACCGGCGGCACGGCUACGGCUGCAUGACCUUCCCCGACGGCACCAAGGAGGAGGGCAAGUACAAGCAGAACGUCCUCGUGAGCGGCAAGCGCAAGAACCUCAUCCCGCUGCGCGCCAGCAAGAUCCGGGAGAAGGUGGACCGGGCCGUGGAGGCCGCCGAGCGCGCCGCCACCAUCGCCAGGCAGAAGGCCGAGAUUGCAGCCUCCAGGACCUCGCACUCGCGGGCCAAGGCCGAGGCAGCCCUCACAGCGGCUCAGAAAGCCCAGGAGGAAGCUCGGAUCGCCAGGAUCACUGCCAAAGAGUUCUCGCCUUCCUUCCAGCACCGGGAAAAUGGGCUCGAGUACCAGAGGCCGCAGCACCAGGUUUCCUGCGACGACAUCGAGGUGCUGUCCACCGGGAGCCCCCUGCAGCAGGAGAGCCCUGAGCUGUACCGCAAGGGCACCACCCCCUCUGACCUGACCCCCGACGACAGCCCCCUGCACAGCUUCCCCGCCAGCCCUGCGGCCACACCCCCACCCCCCGCCUCCAGGAACAAGGUGGCCCACUUCUCCCGGCAGGUCUCCGUGGACGAGGAGCGGGGCGGGGACAUCCAGAUGCUAGUGGAGGGCCGGGGAGGGGACUACGCCCGCAACAGCUGGGGCGAGGAGAAGGCUGGUGGUUCCAGGGGCGUCCGUGGUGGUGCGCUGCGCAGUGGCCACCCAGCCGAGGACUUCCGCACCCGGAGCUCAGGCCACAAGCUGCCCGGGAACCCCAAGCCCCGGGAGCGGCGGACGGAGUCCCCCACCACAUUCUCGUGGACUUCCCACCACCGGGCCAGCAACCCCAGCUCUGGGGGUGCCAAGCUGCCCGAGCCAGAUGAGGAGCAGCCCAGCACCUACAAGCUGGAGAUGAAGCCGCUGCUGAGGAUGGACUCGGGUUCACAGGAGGUGCACCCCCAGAGGCGGCGCCACAGCCGGGGCGCAGGUGGCGAGCGGCGUGCCCCUGAGGAUAGGGGCUUUGGACUGCAGAGACUGAGGCCCAAGUCCCAGAACAAGGAGAACUUCAGGCCGGCCUCUGCGGAGCCCAUGGUGCAGAAGCUGGAGAGCCUGCGGCUGGGGGACCGGCCCGAGCCCCGGCUGCUGCGCUGGGACCUCACCUUCUCCCCACCCCAGAAGUCCCUGCCUGUGGCACUGGAGUCCGAUGAGGAGACAGGGGAUGAGCUCAAGUCCAGCACGGGCUCGGCUCCCAUUCUGGUCGUCAUGGUGAUCCUGCUCAACAUUGGAGUUGCCAUUUUGUUUAUUAACUUUUUCAUCUGAGAUGAUUGUCUCGAUUGCAGAAGUAACGGUGCACAGAAGACCGUUAACCACAGAAGAAGAAGGGAAGAUCCUAGCUGGGACAGCCCCACGACUUCGAGUCUUUCACAGAAGAACAACAUGAUUGGGUAUUACUCACAGUUUGCCUUUUUUUCUGGGUAAUGUUUUUGGAUUUUAGCCAAAAUUCCUUGCUUGUAUAACACUAUGCUGUGUGGCAUGGCAGAAGGAGGCCAGCACGCCGACCCUCCAGCUUGAUGUGGAGAGAAGGGAUCCUGGCAAACCAGCAGCAAAAAAGAAAAUGUGGUCACGUGGGCACUGUCCUCACACCUCCGGUCAGGGGUGCGGAAGGCAGCGGCCUUGGGAGAGCCCAGCUAGCCAGGCGGGGGGACAGCAGCCACAUGAGGGCUGACACGGGAAGUUGAGCUACUCCUUUCCUCUGUCUGGGAUAGCUGGUGACGCGUCUGGGUGUGAGGCACAGGAAACAGGGGUCCCAUCCCAGCUGGGACAGCCCAGGCCUUUUCUACUUUAAAUCUGUGCUGCACACUUCAGGGAGGAGAGGGCGAGGCCUCUUCUCCCCAAAAAACAGACCACGACCCCCUCCCCUCUCGGCACUGCCCCGCGGCCUUGUGAGGCCGCCUCCCCACACGAGUCUUAAAGCAGUCUUUAUUUUUCUGCUGUCCUCCGCUCGCUCAUUGUUUGCCCCGUCCAGCCAUCCUCCCCCCAGACCCAGGGAGGCUGUGCUGCGGACGUCCAGGGCCGACCGACGCGGCCGGACACAUCUGCACGCAGAGGGGCUGGGGCCCUGUGCCACGGACGGUCUGACACACGCCUGGGCUCUGAGCAUGUGGCGUUUUUGCACUUAGUAUGCAGGAUGUAUAUUCAGGCUUCUGUGUCCCUGGCAGUGACAGCCCAUAUGGGACGUCACUUCUUGCUGUUACUGACCUCCACGGGUUCUCACAUCUUUGUACUGUGCCUGCCUCAACUUCCCCCAACAGAUAUGCAUAUUCCCUCCAGAUGCCUCAGUGCUGCUCCACAGCGGGUCUGGCCCCGGGACAGGAAUGUCAUUGAAGCCCAAUGGCUUGAAAUUCCCUAGUAACUGUUGCAUAUCCAGUACCUCCCUGAUGUGCACUGUACUUGUUUCCGUCAGACACAAACAGGUCCCUUCCGUUUCUGCCUCCUCUCCCAGGGUUGCCCCGCCACCCGACAAGGCAGCAGGGCUGCGCGGGGCCCAUGGCCCCAGCUCUCAUGUGCACAGACGUGCCCGGAGCGGUCCAGGUGCAUCCGCGUGCAGGACCCUGUGCUCCUGCCUGAGGAGGCCCUGGAUGUGACUUCCCGUCAGUCUUCUUGGGUACAGCCCGUCUCAUGGACUCUGCCUUGCUUUGCUUAUGUUUAGCUGUUUCUCUGCUACCUUUCGAGCAGAUUUCUUUACUACACUGCACUGGAUUGCUAUAUUUUUAACCAGAAAUAAACUAAAGAUUAGAGCAUGUUCCAGUUACAUUUAGUUUUAUUGUUUUCCGUUAUCCAUUCACUCCCCAUUCCUUCACGGUUGGCUUAGGGGACAGAAGAGAGGGAGGGAGGCUCAGGAGGUGACAAAGUACAUUUCUGAUAAUGUUGCUUUUUAAAGGGAUAUUACAUCUUUUUGUACAUCUUACUUUCCGUUCCUCUUUUUUAAUAACAAGUGGUUGCUGCAGACCUGAAGUGAACCAAAUAAAGAUUCCUGCUCUUUGUAGCCCUAAGAACAUCCAUGUGGGAUAUGUGUUUUGUACUUCUGCAUGAGACUCUUUGUACAGAUUCCAGGCUUUUGUAUACCCCGGUAAUGCUGGACACACGAGGGUACCCUCUGCUGCAGGUACACACCUGCACAAGACAUGCACAGCCCAGUGCAGGGACACGAAUGUCCCUUAGCAGCACUAGUGGCUCCUUGCCCAGGUGGCUCUCACAGGGGACUGACCAACACAGCACUUGUCUGCUGCCAGGACAGGACGGAAUGUAGCCCCUGCGCUUGUCUGCAGCAUGUGUGGAGGGCACAGCCAUCUCCCUGACACUCUCGGUGAAUCUGGAGUGGAUCUGCUCAAGACCAAGACACCCCAGGUCUAAGGCACCCCGGAAAGCUGCCCUCUGGCUGGCUUCCGCACAGGGCACCUUGCUGUAGCCAGCAGCUGUUCCUGUCUGUCCAGAGCCUGUCUCCCUGCCCUGCAACUGGAGAUGCAGGGUGUCAAGCAAGCGGACAGCAGCAGACACAGCAGGACAGGUCCCAGUGUACAGCAGCUGAUGUGUCUGAAGACCAAAGCAGCCUCAUCAGAACCAUUUCCUACCCUCAACAGCUUCUUCCAUGCUCCACACGUGAAAACUGGACGCAGAGAGUUAUGUGCCUAUCCCCAAGUCCCGCCAGGCCCCACAGGGUGCAGACCACCUUGCUUCUGGGUACACCUCUCUGGCUCCUGGAAACCUGCUGUGAAGAGGGAGGAGAGGUGUUGUGUGCCUGCAGCUUGGCUUUGUCCCUUUCCAGAAGUCCGAGGAAACCCUACAGCUGGGUGUCCUUGUGCCUUCUGGAGUUUUUUAGUGCAUACAGAGUGCUUGGAUAACUUCAGGCAAGUGAAAAAUACCCAUUCUUUUGUACUCUUAAGUUUGUUAGCACACAGGACUGGAAGAUACGGUCAGGCAUGUAUCAGGGUCCAAAAUAAUGGAAAAGGAAGAUGAUGAUACAGAAAACUUCAUCACUGCUACUGAGAUGCACUAGUUUGACUGCUGAGUGGAGGGAAAGGCUCCGAGACAGACUCCUGACCGACUGUGCCCCAUCAAACCUCCCUAGCACUGGAAACUUCUCCCGACUGCACACAGUGAGCACAGUGUGACGGGCUCCUCCUCACAUGCACUCGGCACAGCGCUCAGCGACGCACAAAGCCAGACCGUGGCCUGCCCUCCCUGGCCCUGGCCCUGGCCCGCCCUGGGCCGUGCGAUGGCGCCCGGGGUGCAGGUGUCCUGGCCCCAACUCCAUGUGCUCCUACUGGCCUGUGAAACAUGCAAAUGAAGGUCACCGCUGAAGCCCACGGGCGGCACAGAGGAUGUCGACUAGAUGAACACUCAGCGUACACAGAAAACGUUUUUGGUACUUUGUUUUUUGCUGUCCUUUAAAGCCUUCCAAACAUCUGAAUCAGCACCAGUGCUCCUCUGGGCGGGCCUGUUCCUGCCUGGACCUGUGGGCUGGAGGCCCAGGCUGGCCCCCAAAUGGCAACAGUGCCACAACCCAGGGGGACUGCGCUGGGUCACAUGGCCAGGACCCCUGACUGCUCUGAGGCCUCUCCUGGACGGGCACUCACUCCUCCCCACGUGUGCUGGACACUGCUCAAGACACUGGGUGAAGGGACCGCUUUCUCUUCCACAUUAAACUCGGUUUCAUUAACUCUU